CCGGCGGGUGGGCGGGCGUGUCCGGAGCAGCCGCGCGGGCGUCGGCCUCCGCCCCUCGUCUCCGCGCUUCCAGAUCCCCUCCCUCUCCGCCGGGACGCCCGAGAGCCCGGCGCGCGGCGGGGGCGCGCGGUGGAGCCGGCGGGGGCGGCCAAUGCGAAACUGGCUGGUGCUGCUGUGCCCGUGUGUGCUCGGGGCCGCGCUGCACCUCUGGCUGCGGCUGCGCUCCCCGCCGCCCGCCCGCGCCUCCGGGGCCGGCCCCGCAGAUCAAUCAGCUUUAUUACCUCAGUGGAAAUCUAGUCACUAUGAUGUGGUAGUUGGAGUGUUAUCAGCUCGCAAUAACCAUGAACUUCGAAAUGUGAUAAGAAGCACCUGGCUGAAGCAUGUGCUACAGCAUCCAACAUUAAGUCAACGUGUGCUUGUGAAGUUCAUAAUAGGUGCUCGUGGCUGUGAAGUGCCUGUGGAAGACAGGGAGGAUCCUUACUCCUGUAAACUGCUCAACAUCACCAAUCCAGUUUUGAAUCAGGAAAUCGAGGCAUUCAGUCUUUCUGAAGACACCUCGCCAGGACUCCCUGAGGACCGCGUUGUCAGCGUGAGCUUCCGAGUUCUCUACCCCAUCGUGAUUACGAGUCUAGGAGUGUUCUAUGACGCCAGUGAUGGGGGCUUCCAGAGGAACAUCACCGUCAAACUUUACCAGGCGGAACAGGAGGAGGCCCUCUUCAUUGCCCGCUUUAGUCCUCCGAGCUGUGGCGUGCAGGUGAACAAGCUGUGGUACAAGCCUGUGGAGCAGUUCAUCUUACCAGAGAGCUUUGAAGGGACCAUAGUGUGGGAGAGCCAAGACCUCCACGGGCUGGUGUCACGAAAUCUUCACAAAGUGACGGUGAAUGAUGGAGGGGGAGUUCUCAGAGUCAUUACGGCAGGGGAGGGCGCACUGCCUCGUGAAUUCAUGGAAGGUGUGGAGGGAGUUGCAGGUGGUUUUAUUUAUACCAUCCAGGAAGGGGACGCGCUCUUACGCAGCCUUCAUUCCCGCCCUCAGAGACUUACUGAUCACAUAAGAGAUCUCCACGAGGAAGAUGACUUACUGAAGGAGGAGAGCAGCAUCUAUGAUGAUAUUGUUUUUGUGGAUGUGGUCGACACUUACCGAAAUGUUCCCGCAAAAUUAUUGAACUUCUAUAGCUGGACCGUGGGAACAACCAGCUUCGAUUUGUUGCUGAAGACAGAUGAUGACUGUUACAUAGACUUAGAGGCUGUAUUUAAUAGAAUCACCCAAAAGAAUCUGGAUGGGCCGAAUUUUUGGUGGGGAAAUUUCAGAUUGAAUUGGGCCGUUGACCGAACCGGGAAGUGGCAGGAGUUGGAGUACCCCAGCCCUGCUUAUCCUGCCUUUGCAUGUGGGUCGGGCUAUGUGAUCUCCAGGGCCAUAGUUGGCUGGCUGGCGAGCAACGCGGGGAGAUUAAAGACCUAUCAGGGUGAAGAUGUAAGCAUGGGCAUUUGGAUGGCUGCCAUAGGACCCAGAAGAUACCAGGACAGCCUGUGGCUGUGUGAGAAGACCUGUGAGACAGGCAUGUUGUCUUCCCCUCAGUACUCGCCACAAGAACUAACAGAACUGUGGAGACGGAAGGAAUUGUGCGGCGACCCCUGUCAGUGUGAAGCUACGUAACCGUGACUGGAAGUGACAGUGUUGGAAGUGUGGACAGCUGAAGUUCUGACACAGGAACUUUGAGAAGACGUGACAGCAGUCCUUUCACCUUUUGAACUGUCAUGGAGUCUGUCAAGGAAAAG